ACAAACAUUUGUUUUCAUUUAAAAUACACUUUAUGCUACAGUGGAGUCACUUCCUCAUACUCUACGCUACCAUUACCACAUCUGUGACCAGUCCACAUGGAGGGCAGAUCCAAGAAAAGAAACAUGGCAUAUAAGAGAGAGCAGCGCAGACAAGCUACCAGACAACGCAGGGCGCGUGAUUCAGACAGUGAAGUGUCUGCGCUUCGACGAGCCCUACAGUCAGCUAAGAAAACCAACCAGAAGCUGUCCUCCAUAAAUUUUAAUCUGGGGAAACAGGUUGAGGAAUUCAAGCGCAUGGAGAUCAGUUGGGUAAAGCAAAAGGGGAAACUAAUGCAUGAUAACAGUUGCAUACAUAAGAUAUUUGAGACAAAAUACAACAAAGCUAGAAAUGAGAUCAACAGGUUGGAGGAGGCUUUGGAUGCCGCUGAGGCCGACAAAGAGCAGAUUAACAGGAAGAACGAGAAGAUCAGAGAGAGCCAAAAGGAAAUAGAAGCUCUUCAAGAGAGACUCCAUCACCAAAGGGAGAUUAUCAAUAUAGUCCAAUCUUUCUGGGAGAAAGACUACAAACAGCUCCAAACUGACUUUGAGAACAUCGUGAAUGUAGUCAAGGCAGAGUUGGACAACCAGUGGAGCCUUAAAGAGAUACAAAUAACCACUGAACUUAAAGAAAUCCAUGAGAAGUGCCGGAUGCAGCGAGAGGAGAUAAUGAUAAAGGAAAAGAUGAUCACCGGGCUCCUGAGGGAAAGGCUGGAUCUCAUGAACGAAAUGUUGCAGACUGCGAUCCAAAUGCACGAGAAGGACGACGCGCAUGAGCAGAGUGAGAGACAGUGGAAGAUAAAAUGUGAGGCCCUGGAGUUGGUGCUCAGGAAGGAGCACGCUAAGAGAGAGGAGAGCGAGAAGGAGCCAGUCUCAAAAAAGAUGAAAAGGCUAUUCAGUUUCCAAAGAAAGAAGAAGGCAGCUGAUAGCGACAGCGAGGACAGCGAAGACAGCGAUGAUGAUGCUUGACUGGCUCCAGCCAGGCAGCAAUAGAGCAUCAUUCACACAUGCUACACUCCUUCCUCUCCCUCUUCUUUCCUUCACAGUGACUCAGUCUGUAGCCUGACAAAAAUAUUAAAAUUAUACUUGGCUAU